UUUUAUAAAGAGGCUCUUUACAUGAAGUGGCGACCUGACGAUUUUAGUUUGAAUGUGACUAUCGCUUUGUUCACUUCAAUAGGAAGCACUCAUUUCGAUAAAGUAAAAACUCAUUCUAACAUAAAUAUCAAAAGAAAAUAGAUUAAAGUCAAUAAUUGAUUGUGUCAAGUCAUUCAGAUGACACACUGGUUAAACGAACCAACGACAACCGCAGUGAAAUCGGAAUCAAGAAGCCCUUCUUUGGAUUGCAACACAAGUGGAAUAUAUACACUAAUGGCGUCAGGUCUAGCGAAUAGCACACAUUUGGAUACAGCAUCCUUGUUUUGCACAAAUUCAUCCCUAGAAAAUCUUCAGACCGCUUCUACAUUCGAUCAGAAACCGGAUUAUUACAACAGCUACUACAACGGUAUGCAACAAUAUACAUCAUCAUUUUAUCCAUCUUAUCCAACUGCAGCCUAUCCAGCUCGUUCAUCGAAAAUAUCUUCAACAAAUUCUUAUUUGCCAUCCAGUUAUGGCAACUCUACAUCUGCUGUAGGUAACAGCAGUACAACACAAUUGUAUUCGAGUUAUGGUUAUAAUAACUUCAGUCAAUUCGGUGGAUCACAACAAGAUUAUUCUGCUUAUUACAAUGAGCAAUAUGCUGUUAACGGAUACUACAAUACAUCUAAUUAUCCGUCGUAUUCAAGCUCACCUGGUACACAAAAUUUUCAUUCUUCAACUGGAUUAGCUGAGAGUCCCACAGAAGUCAAUGCUACAACAUCAAUGAUAGUACAACAUGGUCAUUCUCCUCAUUCAUCAAUCUCUGCGUCUCCCAAUGCAUCCGCAAAUAUUUCAAAUAAACCCACGUCAAUUCCAAAAAGAGCUCGCGGGCGACGACAUGCAAAUCCGAGUCCAACACGCAGCAUUACAUCUGAAAAUGGUCAACCUUCCGAAAACUGUAAAGGACCUGAUCGAGUUUUCAUUUGGGAUUUGGAUGAAACAAUUAUAAUAUUCCAUUCUUUGAUUACUGGAUCGUUUGCUAAUCGUUAUUCAAAAGACCCAAUUCGAAUGAGUUACUUGGCUACUUCCAUGGAAGAACUGAUUUUCAAUAUGGCUGAUCAUCAUUUCUUUUUCAACGACAUCGAGAGUUGCGACCAAGUGCACAUCGAUGAUGUUUCUUCGGAUGACAAUGGGCAAGAGUUGACAACUUAUGAUUUUCGCACUGACGGUUUUCAGGCUAAUACAGCUCCUGGUGUUCCAGCUAAUCUUUGCAUAGCCACAGGAGUUCGCGGUGGAGUAGACUGGAUGCGAAAAUUGGCAUUUCGUUACAGAAAAAUAAAGGAUAUAUAUAACACUUACAAAAACAAUGUUGGCGGCAUGCUAAGUCAGGAAGAACGGAAUAAAUGGCUGCAAGUUCGGUCUGACAUUGAAGUGUCUACUGACAGUUGGCUAACGAUGACCCUCAAAUGUUUAACAAUAAUCGCGCAAAGACCAAACUGCGUAAACAUUUUGGUAACAAAUAAUCAGCUAGUUGCUGCAUUAGCCAAAAUACUUUUGUUUGGUUUAGCUCAAAUAUUCCCUGUAGAAAACAUCUAUAGCACAAAUAAAAUAGGUCAUGAAUCUUGUUUUGAACGUAUCACAACCAGAUUUGGUCGCAAAAGUACAUAUGUUGUGAUUGGUGAUGGCCCUGAAGAAGAAAAGGCGGCAAAAAAUAUGACAUUUCCCUUUUGGAGAAUAUCGAGCCACAGUGACAUUCGGGCACUUUAUACAGCUCUUGAUAUGGAAUUCUUAUGAAUGUAUACAAAGAAAAAACAUAAUUCAAACUUCACGAUCAUUGUAAUUUCCUAAAAAGUGGAUAACCUAUAAUAUAUUUUAAGUACAUUCAAAGCAUACGAAAGACAAAAUAUUUCAUUAUUAACAAUUUAUUACUUUUUUUUUAAUUCAAUAUUUCCUUCAAUUUUAAUUUAAAAAAAAAACGCA